AACGAGCGCCACCUGCAGGAACCACACGACGCGGCGUCUCAUAGGAAACCGUUAUUAUUAUUAUUAGCCGACAGCAUUCGCAGCUCAAUGGUGCGCUCUCCGUGUGUUGAUUAAAUCAUCUGGCGUUUCUAAGUAGCUCAGUGAUGGAGGUGAACCGGGAUGAAGCGGAGCGAUGCCUCGAGAUCGCGAUCGGAGCGCUGGAGAACGCGCAGCCGGAGAAAGCGCGCAGGUUCCUGGAGAAAGCGCAGCGGCUUUUCCCGACGCGCAGAGCCCAGGAGCUGCUGGCGUUUCUGGAGCAGAACGGCGAGGCGUCGUCUCAGAGCCACGCCGCAGGAGCCGCUGAUGCCACAGAAGCUCGUCAGCGCAGGUCUGGGGUCAGCAGUAACGGAGCAGCACCUGUCGACUCCACUAAACCCUACACACCCGAGCAGGCCGAGGCCGUCAGAAGAAUAAAGCAGUGCAAAAACUACUAUGAGACUCUUGGCGUGCAGAAAGAUGCUUCUGAAGACGACCUUAAGAAAGCCUACAGAAAACUGGCAUUAAAGUUUCACCCUGAUAAGAAUCACGCUCCGGGUGCCACGGAGGCGUUUAAAGCCAUAGGAAACGCAUAUGCAGUUCUGUCUAAUGUGGAAAAGAGACGGCAGUACGAUCAGUUCGGAGAGGAGCGCAGCGGCUCGGGCCGAUCCAGCCAGACCAACGACACACACUUCGAGGCCGAUAUUUCACCUGAGGAUCUCUUCAACAUGUUCUUCGGAGGAGGCUUCCCUUCUAGUAAUGUUCACAUGUACAGUAAUGGACGGAUGCGCUUUAAUCAGAAUCAUGCCGAGAGAGGAGAACACAGAGGGGGCGGUCUUGCUCUUCUCAUGCAGUUGAUGCCCAUCCUCAUCCUCGUCAUCGUCUCAGCGCUCAGUCAGAUGAUGGUGACCAACCCACCCUACAGUCUCAGCUUCAGACCGUCAGCGGGUCACACACACAAGCGCGUGACGGAGAAUCUGGGCGUGACGUUUUAUGUGAACGAGCGUUUCUCUCAGGACUUCAGCGGCGCGAAUCUGAAACGAGUGGAGAGCAGCGUGGAGGACGACUACAUCUCCAACCUCAGGAACAACUGCUGGAAAGAGAAACAACAGAAGGAGGGUCUGCUGUACCGUGCGCGGUAUUUCGGGGACAGUGAUCUGUACCAGCGGGCUCAGCGGAUGGGAACCCCGAGCUGCUCUCGGCUGUCUGAGGUUCAGGCAUCUUUACACGGAUAGAUGAAGCAUCCCUGCACUACCUGGUUCCAAAAACAAUCUCUCCAGUCUGGAAUAUGGAAGAACGCCAUACGGAUUGUAAAUACAUUUGUUCGAAAAACAGGGCUGAGCAUUGCAGCAACUACUGAACUUGACUAGAAAGACUUGCUGAGGGCUGAAGGUGUGUGUGUGUGUGUGUGUGUGUGUGUGUGUGUGUGUGUGUGUGUACAUGCAUGCAUGCUAAGGACCAUGUACGUGAGCAAAUGUGUUUGUGUGUGUGUGUGUGCGUGUGUACAUGCAUACUAAGGAUUGUGUGUGUGUGUGUGUGUGUGUGUGUGUGUGUGUGUGUGUGUGUGUGUGUGUGUGUGUGUGUGUGUGUGUGUGUGUGUGUAUGUGUGUGAAAUCGGAGCUGGUGUUUUCGACUCCUGUGGAUGAAGGACGUUUCCUCGCUGUCUGAAUGUUCUGGCCUGGAUUAAAGUUCAUGGUGAUGUUUCUCUAAAUUCAGCCUCAUUUUCAGCUCUGGCAGGAAUCAACAAUCUGGUUCUGCAUUAUGAAACAGACUGGAGAUCCAACGACAAUAUCUGCAUAUAUUUAUUUGAGUUUGUUUAGAUCGAAAUCAUGUCUUUUUAAUGAUUUAUAUUUGUAUGUUUGAGAUUUAUCUAUGCAGGGAUCCUACUGAUUAAAUUAUUGCGUAUGCGUCUGACUUUAACUGUUCUGCGUGUUAGGAGUAACUACGGCUGCUGUACACAGGUGAUAUUUAUUGAAGGAUUGAAUAGGAAUAUUUAUUUCAUAUGAAGUUUUAUUUUCUACAUGACUUUAGUGGAACUAUUUCAUCGCUGACAGCGACUACACUGCAAUUAUUUCUCUCUGAAUACAAAUAAAGAUUGUACGUGCCACUGUC